AUGUCAAAAGUUGCAAACAUUUCUUACAAGUAACAACAUAAGUUUAUAUUAAACAAUGAAAUGAUAGUAUAAGGAAAGAAGAGCGGUCAUUUGACAAAGCCUAAUUACUUGAAGGUAUCCGAUCCUAGCAAACUAAUCUAACUGCUGAUACUCUUAAAAGAUACAGUGCCUUAACCAGUGUAAUAAGAAUUUAGUGAAUAUGGAAAGAAACUGCUAGGCUAAGCUGCUUAGUCCAAAGAUCAAUAGAUGGUCAAACCAGAUAAAUCUGAGUACAUUAAUACGGACACUUCAAUCAUUGAUAGAGAUAAGAACCAGAAUAUCUAUUAUACUAGUUAUAACAACCUAACUUUCGAAAAUUCUAGCUUUCUUGACUCUACCUAAGAAUCCAUUAAGUUCGAAGAUAUGAUGAAGAGACCAAACAGAUUCAAUGAUACAUUUUCGAAGCCAUUCUCCUAAAUAACAAAUGAGUAAGAUUCAAGAAAUAGCUAAAAUACAUUCUUGUUUGGGGCUAUGCAAAGAAUACAGCCAAUCAACCAUUCAAAAGACAGUAAUCCAUUUGGUAUUAAAUUUGAGAUUCCACCCUUACCUUCUAUCUCAGGUAUUGAGAGUUAACUUUAGAUUCCUAGUAACAUGCCUAAUUUCUUUUCUUUUAUCAAAGCUCAUGAUAACUCUAAUUAAAGCAGCUAGCAAAGUAUUAAGAAUGAAAAUUCAAACAACUCUCAAGGUUCAGCAGGAGGUAUCUAAUGGAUAUCGAAAUAAAAGACUCACAAAAAAUCAGAAGCUAAAACAUCACCACCAUACAAUAGAAGACAGCUUAAGGAGUAUAAUAAGAAAUCUGCAAAUAAAAGAAGUUUGAUUUGGAAUUUAAUGCCUCAUUUUGAUGAAAGUUUAGUGAAAUCAAAUCUGAAAGAAGAAUCUGGAAUACAAAGAUUAUGGGAAGAUGAAUCGAUUGAUAUUAAGUUGAGAGAUCUGAGAUUGUGCGAAUCAGGCCUGCUAACCUCAGUCAAAUGUAGAGAAUUUAAUAAAGCCUUCUUGAAAUAUACUGAUAACAAUUUUGAAAUAUAUGAAAAGAAAGUAUUCACGGAAUCUGAGGUAAUACAGAUGGCAUUACUAAUGCUCUAAGGAGUGCCUAGUCAGCUCUUUUUGCUAAAGAAUGAGAAUUUGACUUUUAUAUUAAGACCUAACUUUGAAAUCAGAAAUUAUUCUUUAAAUUAAGAAUCUGCCUCUUAAAUAUUUGAAAGUAUGAUUGAAAGUGGAGGCUUCUUUUUGCAUCUAAGAGAAUUUACUGAGUUUAUGUCUUACUCGCAAAAUAAUGGAGGUAUGAUUUUGCAGAACUUUGUCUUGGCUUUAUCAGAUUUCCUUACGUUUUACUAUAACUAAAUUAAUGAGCUAUGGUCAGGAGUUGAAGCUAGAAGAAAAUAUGAGGAUCUUACAAUGUUCAACAUUGUGGCAGACGAAUCAACCCAAAAGUAGAUUAAUUCUUAGAUGACCAUACUUGAGUUAUGCAUUCAUACAAGCCAGCUGCAGAAGUAAAUUAGACUAAUGGCGACAAUUUGUUUUACUUAGAAAUUCAUAAAAGAUCUUGAGCAGAUUGACGACAAAAAAGUUAUAUCUGAAUAAUUAUAAGAAAAAACUGAGGAUCUAAAAAAAGUUAUAUAUCAUGGAAAAAAUUUAAGAGAAAAAUUUUAAAUUGACAUAGACAAAAUUAGAUCAAGAGUUUGGAUGGAAAACUUUCCAAGAGGUGCAUAGCUGCUCAGCUACUUAUAUCUAAUUUUAUUGUGUUUUGAAUCUGAUUUGUAAGCUGUAGAUCUAUUGAGAAGAAUUUUCUAAAAGUCUAUCUAACCCUUGCUCUCUAUGAUUAACAGUUUUAUCUUUACUGGAGAUUUUGAUGAUCCUUAUGGUGAAUUUUUCGUUGAAAAACUUUACAGAAGAGGUGUAGAAGCUAAUAUUCUUUAAAUUCAUGACUACUUGUUUAAGCUUACUUCAAACCCUCAAAAAAAGAUUCCCAUAUUUAUGGUUGAUUCAGUUUCAGUCAUCUUUAAAGCUGGUUCCUCUCUGCAUUUACUUAGAAAACAAGGAAAUCAGCUCUCAUAAUAUCACGACACGACUGCAAUAAAGUAGUAUUAUGAGAUAUGUACUAGUGGAAUAAAUAAAAUAUCAGAGGUAAAAAUGAAUACUCUAGGUAAUUAGUACUUUAAAUUCCAUCAUGAAGCCUUUAAUCAAAUGCAUCUUGAUUUCUAGAUAUAGCAUUUAAGAGAAAAUCAAGAAUCAAAGACUAAGCACUUUGAAGACCAGACUGAAAAACUCUAGUAAAUAGAGAUGACUAUUGUUUAGCAAGAAGAGGAGUAUUUUUUCAGGUAGGUUAUACUACGCGAGGAAGCUAAAAGAGAUUAUGCCUUGAAAAGAGAGAUAGAAAUGGAAAAAGAGCGAAAAGUAAUAAGAGAUAGAAAAGAAGCAUACAUGAGAGAAAUUCAAGAAUAGCUUGCUGAAAAGUAACAGAGGAAGGAUAAAGAGAAGGAAGAUAAAAUUAAGGAGAAUGAGGUAAUUAGAAAAGAGUAGCAAGAAUAUGAAAUGAGGAAGAAAGCCAUUGAAGAAGAACUGAAGAGAUAAUAUCUCGAAAUUAUCAAGGAGAAUUAAAAAUUAGGUGAGGUUACUAAGGAUAUUGGAAAGUAAGAUGAAGACGAAUUAGACAGACAAAUACAGCAAAUUAUGGAAUAAAAGAAAGAGGAGGAUAUUCAAAUUUAAAUGCAAGAUUAGCCGCCAGUUUUAAGAAAAGAAAUAUAAUUGAAUACUCAAAAUUAAAGCAAGAUUCAAGAUGUAGAAAUGAAGGAUGAAAACCCACUAAAGAAUGAUGAGAUGACAUUAGUUUAAUAAUAACUCGAAAUCGAUAACCCGCUUUUAUCAAUAAUCAAUGAUGCUCUCUUAAAAGCAUAAAUAAAUCUCAAUUAAUCAUAGAUUAAGGAGGAAAUUAUGAUUGAUAUGAAUCCAAUAGAAUAACCUUCUUAGUUACUGAAAUUAGAAGAGAUUGAAUUCAUUGAUUCUGAAACUCCUAAUGAUGAAAGAGUAGAUCAAUCCAAGCCAUAAGAAACUGAUCAUCAAAUGAUAUAGAUAGUUAUUGAAACUUUCUUGAAACCCUUAUUUGAAAAGAUAAACAGCAGAAUAAAUGAUAUUGAGAACAUAAAGAAAAAGAGACUCACUUGGAAUCGUAUUAGAAAAGAUGAAAAAAUACAGAAAUUUUAAGAGAUAAAGAGUAAAUGGCGAUAUCAAGAGCCAUAAAUUUCAGUAUAGUCAAAACUUAAUAACAUUUUUAAGGAGUUUGAAUCAGUUUUAAAAGUCGAGAAUGAUUAACAAGAUGAGAUUGCUAUAGGGCAUAAUCAAGUUCAGUUAAAAAUAGAAUCUGAAAACAGAGUGAAUGCUUACAGUGUCCCAGUUAGUUUGGCUUUGCAUUAAUGUGUAGUAACAGUUGUGAAAGAUCAAUAUAAGUUAGUAAACAAAUGCCUUAUCCAUUUAAUGUUCAGAAGAUUGAAUCUCUUCAAACACUUAGAAGGGCUAAAGCAGUUUUUCUUUUGUUAUCAAGGAGAUGUGAUAUCUUACUUUAUGGCAAGUAUAUUCAAUGAUGAUUCUGAGUCUACUAUCAAAGAAAAUACUCUUUCAUUCAUUAAUGGGUAGUUAGAUCUUGCUGUUAGGCUAAGUUCAUCUGAGCGAGCAUUAGACAUAAAUACUCAAGAAAAUAAGGACCUUAUGGGAAACUUCAACCUAAAUACCUUAGGGGAAAACUUUGAAUUUUAAGCCUUAAACAUGACAGGUCUUAAUCAGAAUAAAAACUUCUUCUUUACUGCUUUCAAUAGAUUACCCUGGAAAGAAUAUCAUAAGAUCAGAAAAAUUCAGCUGUUGAGAAAUAAGAUGCAUCAUUUUACUUCUACGCUAGAGUAAUAUGCAUUAACUGAGGUCAUUCAUUCCUCUUGGUAGACAUUCAAAAACAACCUACCUCAUCAGUAUAUGUUUGAAGACUUGAUAAGACUACAUAAUGACUUCCUUGACUAAAUAAUGAUAAAGUGCUUUAUCGAUAAAAAGGAUCACAAGAUUAUGGGUUAAAUCACCAAGCUUUUCAGUUUUGUUAUUCAAUUCAGUAAGCUUGUUAAGGAAUACGGAGCACAGAUAGUCAAUCAAAAAGAAGCUAUAGAUGAGGUUCAUUAAAUUUCAGAUUCCUUUGAAAGAUAUACCUACUACCUCUAUUAAUUGGUUAAGCACCUUGCUCACAAGGGAUCGUUCAAAGAGCUAUUUCUACUUCUUGAUUUCAAUAAGUUUUACGACAGAGGCAACGCCCUUAAAUUUGAAGAAUUGAGCUAUAUUUCUCAGUCCUUCUAGCUACUUCAACAGGUCCAUUCCUCCAGGCAAUAAAUUGUAAUUAUUAAUUUGUAUUAAAUUUUGAAAUUUAAAAAGAAUAAAAUAAUGAGUGGAAUUAACGCAAUCAAUAACAACUUAAUUGCAAAUCAUAACCCUGCUGCUUCUUCAGCUUAAAACUCAAAUGGAAUGAAACUAGACCUGAAUAUAGAAGCCCCUUUUAUUAAGAUAGUGCAUGAAUCUUUUAAAAGUCAUAAGAAGUAUAUUGAAAAAGAAGUGAAUCUCAUCGUAACUAAGAUCAAUGCUAUUAAAAAGCAAGGGUCAACCAAGGGAGCUUAAACUGUUAUUGAUACUAUCGAUCAACUUAUAUCUAAGCUAAACCAAUUGAAAACUAAGUAUAAUAAGAUGCUUGAGGCUGAAGAUUAUCUGUUUCAAGUCAUGAAAAAAAGGUUGUAGCACCUGAAUUUUAUGAAUGAAAACUAAGUCAAUCCUGAAGUCAUGAAAGAUUACUUUACUAAAAGACUUAAUAGAAUUAUCAUUGAUUAUAUGCUGAGGGAAAACUAUUUCGAUUCAGCUCAGAUUUAUAUAGAAGAGACCGGGUUAAAGGAUUUUGUAGACUUAGAAGUAUUCGAGGAAACAAGCAAAAUACUGGCGAAGCUAAAGUAAAGAGAUUGUCAGGAUGCACUUACUUGGUGCAAUACUCAUAAGACUAAGCUUUAGAAGUUAAAUUUUGGAGAGGACUAGAAAUUCCUGAACAUAAUUCAGCAAGUAAUGGGCUUUUUAAUAUUUAGAAAUGAUCAAAGAGAUAAAUAUGAAUUCUACAGAUUAUUCGCAUUACCUGAUACUCCAAUGAUAAGUCAAUCACUAUCUACAGGCAUUCCAUUAUUGAAAACAGAAUUUUGCAUGCAUAAUGACUCUGCUAAUUAAUCCUGCCCCACAUGCGCUUGCAACAUAAGAAAGUUAGGAUAGAAAUUGCCCUUCUCCCAUUAAACUUAAACUUGCAUCACUUGUGUGGUGACUGGAGAACUUAUGAAUGACUAGAAUCAGCCCUUAUUCUUGCCAAGUGGCCACAUUAUUAGCGAAAGAGGACUUAAGCUUAUUAGAGAUCAGAGUGAAAAGGAUAAAGUGAUUUGCCCCUUCACAAAUUAAUCAAUCUCUCAAAAUGAUGUCAGGAAGGUAUUCUUCUCUUGA